AUGUCACCUCUGGAAUGUCCUGAGCAUUUGGAUGACCGCAUUUGGCAUCAGAUCUAUACCUGGUACCUCACGCUGCGGGGCAUUGCCGAGCCGUUCUUGAGACUCCACAACUUGUACACCAUCCCGAGGUGCACGCGGCCCGUCACCCACCCCAGGGUGAGCCGCAGGGUCGUCAGCCAGCACUCGUACCCGCUGAACCGCAUCUCCUCGCUCCCCUUGGACGCCAUGGAGCGCCCCACCUCACAGGCCGACCUGGAGCUCGAUUACAACCCUCCCCGCGUGCAGCUCAGCGACGAGAUGUUCGUCUUCCAGGACGGCCGCUGGGUGAACGAGAACUGCCGCCUGCAGUCGCCCUACUUCUCGCCGCCCUCCUCCUUCCACCACAAGCUGCACCACAAGCGCCUGGCCAAGGAGUACCUGCUGCAGGAGGAGAACAAGUCCCUGCGCGAGGAGAACCGGGCGCUGCGCGAGGAGAACAAGGUCCUGCGCAAGGAGAACAAGAUCCUGCAGGCCUUCUGGGAGGAGCGCAAGGCGGCCGCCGGGCCACCGCCCGGCCGCGACGAGCCCCGGGCCUCGUCCGCGCCUGCGCACAAGGACAGCCCCGCCCCGGAAGGGGCCAAGAAGGAGGGCGCGGGCGUGCCGGCGCCGCGCGCCGCCGAGAGCAGCACCCUGCAGCUCCUGCGCGAGGAGAACCGGGCCCUGCAGCAGCUGCUGGAGCAGAGGAAGGCCUUCUGGGGCCCGGGCGAUGACAAGAGCCCGGCGGCCGACGACAAGCCGCUGGCCGCCUCGCCCCGCCAGGAGCCCCACAGCCCCGGGCUGCUGCCCAACCCGGCCGCCGGCCUCCCCUCGCCCUUCGAGGACCCCAAAGGCCACCCGAGUCCGCCGGAGGACGCCAAGACCCUCCGCGCCCUGCGCGAAAUGGUCAGCAACCUGGCCGGCGCCCCCCGGGAGGAGGAGGAGGAGGAGGGCGGCGCGGGCGGCGCGGGCCUGCCCGAGGGCAGCCAGUCCCUGCAGCUGCUGCGGGAGAUGAACCAGGCGCUGCAGGCCCUGCGCCAGGAGAACGAGCACCUGCACGUGCUGCGCGAGGAGAACCGGCUGCUGCAGGAGGAGAACCGGGCGCUGCACGCUCUGCGCGAGGAGCACCGCGCCUUCCAGGAGGAGCACCGCGCCCUGUGGGAGAACAACAAGCUGAAGCUGCAGCAGAGGCUGGUCAUCGACACGGUCACCGAGGUCACUGCGCGCAUGGAGAUGCUCAUCGAGGAGCUGUACGCCUUCAUGCCGGCCAGGAGCAAGGAGCCCAAGAAGCCCACCCGGAUCUGAAGCUACGUGGCCCCCCGGCGUGCCGUGGCACCGGCCUUGGGGCACCCAGCACGCCGGGGAAGACCACUUCUGGUCCUCCUCGAGCCCCCCACCCCACCCGGUGAGUCCGUGCCUGUGGAAGAGCCUAUUUAUGGGCCGUCCUAAUCCCAGAGAAAUAAUAAAGGCCUGAGGAGGCUGGGGCCAAGCAGCACCAGCGUACUGUG